AUGAUAGGAUUCUUUCUAUCUGUAUAUGUGCAAAGAAGUUCGUUUUGCACGUUUGCAUUGAAGAAAUGUUGCCUAAUUGUGCAGGAAGAUAUAGCUGAAGCAGCAGAGAAGCAUACAGCACCAGAUACUAACCUGGAAAAGAGACAAGAAUCGUAUCUAUUUGAAAGUGAUGCUGACGAGCAUGAUGCAUUUGAAGGCAGCAGUAACUCUGAGGAAUCAUUUGAGAAAUCUUCAGAUGAGGAAAGUGAAGAUGAGAAACCAUUGAAAAUUCCAAACAAGAAUAAGGAUGUGAAGAUGAAGGAUGCAAUAGUUGAUAGUGCUCAGAAGCAAACUAAAAAGUCUGAAAAGAAAGUGCCAAAAACUUCUACAGUACAAAAUCCAACAUCUGGAUCUCAAACAUUAUAUGUUGGCAACUUGUCCUAUGAUGUUGGUCCGCAUGAUCUAUCAGAAUUUUUCAAAGGGGUAGGGGAAGUUGUUGGUGCCCGUUUGGCUACAAGAGGUAAAGGUAGCUCCAAGGGAUUCGGUCAUGUUGAUUUUGCUUCCGAGGAAGAUGUUAAAAAGGCACUUGAAUUAAAUGGCCAGGAGUUUUUUGGGCGUCCACUCAAACUUGAAGUUGCUCGUGGAAGGGAUUCAAAUACCCCUCAGAGUGGCAACGAAAAGGGCAGCAAAGAUCAGAGUCAUACCAUAUUUGUAAAAGGUUUUGAUAAAUCACUUGGACAGGAUAAGAUUAGGAAUUCCCUUCAAAAGCAUUUUGGAUCAUGUGGAGACAUCGCUCGUAUAUCUGUACUCAAGGACCAUGAAAGUGGUGCCCCUAAAGGGAUGGCAUUUGUGGAUUUCAAGGACCAGAUUGCUUACAAAAAGGCAUUCGAGCUCAAUGGUUCUGAACUUGACGGAUAUACCCUAACCAUUGACGAAGGAAAGGCAAAAGGUGACAAUAGCAAUGGUAAAGGUAAAGGUAAAGGUGGUGGGAAAUUUAGUGGAAGAGGUGGUGGACGAGGUGGGAGAGGCGACCGUGGUAGAGGACGCGGCUCCGGUGGUAGGGGCAAGGGUCGUGGUGGUGGACGAGGUGGGAGAGGUGAUCGCAGUCGAGGACGUGGCUCUGGUGGUAAGAGCAGGGGUCGCGGUGGUGCAGAGAGGAAUUCCAGUGAUGGCUAGGCAUGCUAGGAUUUUUUGGCUGAAGGAUCCAACGGUGGGCCUAGCGGACAACAACUAUUCUUGCCUUCUGUUUUAGUUUGUGAGCUAAAGAGUCACAACGACAAUUUUCAUUUCCUGAAUGCUUGUUCAAAUUUAACUCUUCUACCGUUGCCUUUUGUUUUAGUUUGUGAGUUAAAGAUUCACGGCGACAAUUUUUAUUUCCCGAUUUCUUGUUCAAUUUGAAUCAUGCAUUAAAUUUAUUACUGAAAA